UAGUGUAAUUGGAUUCUAAGCAUGUGAACAGCGAAGAACUGAGAUAGAUAGGGGUGUGCGUGUGCGUGUGCGUGACGGUGUGGUGUGUGUAAUUAAACUUAUAAAUAGGUGUCUGACUAGGGUUUACUCUCUCUUUCAGACACUCUUCAAUCUUUUUUCUAUACACACAACUUACUGAAGACGUUAAUCGAUUGAUUUUCUAAAUAUGCGUGGAUUACAAAAAUCCAAAAGAGUUUCAUGGGCUUCCGAUUUAGAUCUUUGUCAGGUUAAGUUAUUCUUGUCAGAGGAAUCUCCUUCACAAGUGGGGAUAAAUUCUCAAGAUCACCUUCAAGCGAAGACAUCAUUGCUGUUGCAUGCGGGCGGAGCAGGUUCUGAUGACAUUCUGCCUCCUGGCUUUGAGGGAACUCAUGCUUCCAGUCAGUUCGAGAUUACACUGUCCCAAAUACCUGUUAUUAAGUGGAUUAAUCCGCCAAAGAUUGUGCUAAAUCUCACAUGGCAAGUGGUGGCUGGGGAAGAAAGCAAAGAGGUGGAGGAUCAACAUAAGAGGGAGAUGAGAGUUCUUGAAGCUAUUUAUCCUCGCGUAUCUUCCAUUCCUCCAAACCCCUCUGUUUCAAUGGAUGUUGAAGAUUCCCAUUUCAUUGAUGAUCAAACCGCUUUGAUACCAAUUACGCCUAUUGAAGAUGAAGAUGCGGCGGCAGAUGCAUUAUCUGAUUCCUUAGAUGUUUCACAGUCUCGUGAAUUAACCCCUGGCAUAUUGAAGGGUUCAAAUUCUGCUACAAAUAUGCAGUUAGCUCGUGGUCUAGUAUCAGAUGUAGCUGCUGCAUCUGUUGCUUUAACUAACAUAGUGAAGAGCAAUGAACAUGGAAAUUUGAUUGACCAUGAAUUACUUAAUAAUAUUCUCAACAAUCCAGAAGUGAUUGAGAAGUUGGUUAGAGAUUAUGGAGUUACUAACAAUUCACAAUAUGUACAUAAUGUGGGGUCAAUUUCGUCUUCGGUGGCUUUUUCACAUCCUCCUAUUCCUAUUAAUCAAGGUGAAACCACUACACCUUCAUCAGUUGCUUUUUCAGCUACUUCUUCCUAUACUCCCCCAACUGUAGGUCAGGUGGGACCUGUUUCUACCCAAUGGCUUCCUAGGCCUGCAGUGAGUUCAGUUAUUGUUUCUUCUCCCGUUGAGGUCCCUUCAACAAAGGAUGCUAACUACUAUAAGAGCUUAAUUCAACAACAUGGAGGAGAUAAACAAGAAACACUUGCAUACUCCAGUAAUCAUACGACCCAGCAGCCAAUAACAAACUAUGAAACAGCAUACCAUCGUAGAACAAAGGUGUCAAAACCAAAGAUAAUGAAGCCAUGUAUCUUCUUUAACAGUUCUAGAGGAUGUCGGAAUGGAGCUAAUUGUGCAUACCAGCAUGAUGCAUCAUUCCAGCCAAGAGGUGGUUCUGUGACAGGGUUACAAAAUUCAAAGAGAAUGAAAAUGGAUAAUGAGAUUAGCAGUUAAUUGAACUUUCAAUUGGCUGGUGGUGUUGGUUGCCAUACAUUUUGAUGAGGCGGACUGAAUGUCAUACUUCUUGAUAUGGUCAAGUUAGCAUUUUAUAAGUGAUUUGUGAGCCUAAUUUACUACUAGUUUUUAAUCUUACAUUUAUCAUUUUUGAAUGGAAGGCUCCACUUCAUUUUCUUUCCUUGAUUGAAAUCUGCAAAAAUUUCUGUUUUUCAUGAUCUAUCUUCAUUCAUGAUUGUAUUUCAGAAUGAGCCUUGAUGUUACAACUAAUUGCAGGUUCCAUAAGCUUGAUGAUGUAUUGAUUUUCUUUUUAUGUACUGUGACGAUAUACUUUGGAUUUUUGUACAUUUCAA